AUGAACUAUUCUGUAGUCGCCAUGAUCUCGCGAGAGUUGGGCGUGAGAACCCAGGUGAGGUACAGAGGUUAGUUGGGCUAGCGUUACCUGGUUUAGGCUGUAACGGGCAGGUGUCCAGAAGUCUAGCUACGGGUAAAUUGUAACGUAACCUGUAUCGGGACAUGUAGGCCUUGGACCUGACACACCAGCGCACCGAACUCUCAACUUUCAGCAUUCCAGAUUGCAAGGUCCUAAUUGAAGACAGCUGCAAGCCGGAAGCUGGAGUAUGCAGCAGCUGAGUUCAAGGACUCGGCAUGAAAUGAACACCUGAGAACACAACAUCGACUAGCGGGCUGAAAAUCCACGCAAUAGACACAGAGAUGGCUCGGUUACGAUCGGGAGGUGGCAGAGGUGGUUGUAGGAGGGGUAGAAGGCCGCAUGAUUCUGCUGUGCCCGAGAGGUUGGGCCAAGCCAACAAGAAGGAUACACCAACAAAGUUGAUUGUAAAAGUUCCAUUGGAACUGUUGCAAGAGGAUUUCAGACUGACUAAAACAGCUUCAUUGCAGUGUGGAAGAGGGGCAUCGCGAGGCAGAGGUGCAGGGAGAGGAAGAGGUAGAGGUAGAGGUGUGGGAAGGGGCAGAGGGAGAGGGAGAGGCAAGGGGAGUAGAGCAAGCAGAAAACCACCAUGUACUGUAACUACUGAAACCUUGUAUGAUGGACCUGUAACACAGCAAAUUCCAGGAUACCCUAUCAAGGAAGAUGGUGAUCACAUGAACAAUUCCAGUCAUGGGCAAACUAGAGGAAGAACAAGAACCAAAAGAAACUUUUCCAGGCAGCCAAUAGCCCAGCAAGAGCAGACUUUUUCUCUUGUUCAUCCAAAUGGAAUUCCACACGCAGCAAGUAGGGGAGCACAGAGACGUGGAAGUGGAAAAGCUGAAUUACAAAGUGACCAAACAGUUAUCCAAAACUUGGAACUGCAAACACAGAAGAGAGACGUCAGCAAAGAUUCCAGAAUUUCACAAAUGGCAGCUUUUCAAACAGGAGUAGAGACACACAGUGAAAUAGAUUUAAAGGAAGACUCCAAUAGGCCAGACUUGGAAAUAAGAAGGGAAAAUGCUUCAAAAAGAAACAGGAGUCGAGAGAAAUGUAUUCCAUCAAAGAGAAGGAAGCGCUUGAAUGGGUCGUCUUUGGCUACACCAUUGUGUCAGGAAGAGGGCUCAGUAACCACCCCUGAAGAUGGUAUAAACCAAGGUUGUAAAGAAGCUAGUUCUGCAAAUGGCCACAGGUUAUUGACACAGGAUCACGAGCCAGAUCUGGACCUACAUGUAGGUAGUGACGACAGUGAUUCAGAUGAUGACCUCCCAGAUAUCAACACCUCUCUGCAGCAGGACCCACCCAAGCCGACGUUUAAGGCAGGAGAGGUUGUGUGGGUAAAGAGUGGGAGGAAUCCUUCCUGGCCAGCCAUUGUUAACCACGUGUACCACAAAAAGAAGCGCAUGUCGGUCCUCUUUAUUGGAUACAGGCAGAAGAAAGGGAUCUCGGUACACGUCAAUGCUGCAAAAGUAUUCAACAGCAGGAUGAGGGACCAUUUCAUAGAAGAGGCCUUGAGAACUGAGAGCAAGGAAUUCUUUCAGAGUAUUGUAACGCAGGUAGAAGAUUUUCUGAACAAGAAAGCCUGUGGCAAGUUGGAGGGACUUGAUGCCUUUCAGUACUUCUUUCCAAAUGAAACAUUCCCACCUGAUAGUUCCAGUGGAAGUGAUGAUGAUGAAGGAAUUAUGAAAACAGACCAUAAGGACACUGAGGCAACACAAAUCAGUCCCCUGUCUCAGAGUGCAGGGACUUCUGUGGCCAAACCCAGAGACCCCUCUAGGCAUGACAGAAGGAUGCACUUAAGGAAAGAUCUGGAGAAGCGCAUUGUCAAGUACAUCAGAACCCAACAGGAUGCCCAGGAUCAUCUGGCUGGCAUUUACCAUGGGUCAGUCACAUCUCAAAGGCAUCAAGAUUUCUUUAGCAAAGACCGAGCUGUUCGUGAGAUGCUACAUGGGCAAGGGACUGGCUUCAUUACAAGUGAUGAGCUGGCAGAAGAGCUGUUUUCAUGUUUGGCUGACCUUUACCAUCUGAGGUGUGAAGAGGACAAAAACUUUGCAGACACAAAAUAUGUGGCAUUUGUUCUGAUGCCUGAGGCCAUUCUGUAUGGCCUCCACAAGGUCAAGGGCAUCAGUAUGGAGGCGGCCCAGAAACUGAUGGAUAAGGGACCAGAGCUGUUUCCUGCGGAGAGGACGUGGUAUAGGGAAGCUUUGAGGGCAGAGCCCCUAACAGUAGAGGAGAGGAGAAGGAUCAUCCACCAGGCAGCUCACAAUGUACUUGGGAAGGAAGGUUCUAAUGAGCUGCUGCACCUGACAUAGCCUACACCAUACACCCUUCCAUAAGAUGUAUAUCACAGCUGCAAUUGCGAAUGGACUUUCAUAGUACCACUGUUGCAUAUAGGAAAUUGGCAGGCAGUAAAAGCCUUGACCACAUGUAGGUAUCUACAUGUAAAAAGUUAAUGUGUUUGGGGUUGUUUUCUUUCAAUCAAUAGUGUUGCGAACCCAUUAAUUACCCUGUAUAUAUGUUUGAUUUGAUACAGUUGAGUGUAUAGAAAGUUAAAAGCACAAUGUGGUGCCACUGCCUUCUUCAAGUCAUCUGGGCAGUGAUUACAUACUGUAAGCUAAAUGACUGUUACAUCAAUAUUUUUCAUCAGAAGGGUUGUAACCCCAUGCUUCCGCCAGUUCAUGAUCAGCGACUCUUGAUUUGGCCAAGAACGUCAUAUAAUGUCCUUGAUUUGGCUAAAAACAACAUGUGACAUUUGGAAUAGAUUGGCCAUUCUAUUUUGAGUACCCUAUAGUAAAAUGCAUAUCAUUUGAAACAGAUCAAUUAGAACGUAAAUUGUAUAUUUAAUGAAAUCUUUAUCUGCAUUCACACAGACUACUUAGAGUCUACCUUCAUAGUACCCACAUCCCCAGGCCCACUACCUCCUCUCACCAAACACCCACUACAAGUACUAACACUUCCACAGCAAGAUUUUGUAUGUAUUAAACAUUCCAUAUACAUUAUAUAACUUGCCUUCUCUCUGGAGAUAACAACAGAAAUACACUGAUGAAACCAGCCCUGUUACCCUGCCAGCAAACCGGUCUCCUCAGUGUACAUGUAUGUCUAUCUUUACAUACUUGUUCAGAAUGUUAGCUUUCUGAGUGCCUUGAGGCCUUUGUCUCCUGGGAAACAGUACUAGUACUUAAAAUUGUAAUUGUGAAGAAUUUUUCCACUGUGUAGCCUUAAAAAAGUGGUCUAGGCAUUUGUAGGUUUCAUCAGUACUGCAGUUUGGCUAUUUAAGUCCCAGGGUUGUCAGAUGUAUGUAUAACUCUAGCCUCAUGUUAUCAGCAUGUAAGUAGAACAGUCUGAAGUGGAGCUAUCAUGCCACAGUAACUGAAGUAUUGAGAUUUUCUUGUCAGUCUGUCAAAAGGUAAAAUGCACAUACAGUAAUGCCUUUCUAUGUAAACUACAUGUGCAUGCAUCUACUCCUGUAAUAUAUAUCCAUAAAUAAUUCUAUUGUACCAUUACUUUCAAUUUCUGUGUAUAUUGAAUGUGAAAGGAUGCACACAUUUAGCAAAGUGUAAAUACGUGCACCAGUGACACAUGAUUUGCUGUUUAUCAUUUAUCAACUUUAUUUAGUGUUGUGUGUGUAGAAUAGGGAAGAUUGUUUUCACCCUCUUCAAUAAUAUCAGUCUGCAUUGAACUUUUUGUCAUCUUGAUGCAUUUGAGGAACACAUCAAGUUUCUCACUAGUUGACUGGAUCAUGGUGUUACUUGUGUUUGUAUAAGAGUGAGUACAGUGUUACAAAAACUUCACUUGUUUGAUGCAUUGCAAAAGGCCAUUAUCAGCAAAAUUAGAAUAAAGUUUCUAUUGCAACAGUUGAAAUGAGUAAGCAAUAUUUGGGAAAAUCUCAUACAAAUGUCUUGGAUGUGUUUUGAACAGCAGAAAGGUUGCAGUUGUGAUGUAGGAAGGUUUGAGAAGAUGCAUGUAUGGUAUGAUUUGUUUCAGCCUAACUGAAUUACGCUCCUAGUGGCCUGCCUGCAACAAGAGAUUGUUUACAUAGGCUGUUUCAUCUGUUGAAAUAAAAACUUGGGGUGAUAUUGAGGACAUUCUAAGUUACUCAGCCAGGGUAUCUAUUUGCUCAGGUUAAGAGUUCCCCUUUUAUGUUUGUCCAACAAUAGGAACAACCAAUUUUUUUAAACAAUAGGAAUGACAAAGAAAGAACUGCAGUUGUGUUGUGCCUAUGGUAUAUGUUGUUAACCAUGUGAGAUAUAGAUGGUUGCUAAGUUGAAGCUAACAUAUUGCAUUUGCUGCAUUGUGUUCACUGUCCCUUUUUAAUCCAAAAACAUGUAUAUCAUGUGUCCCAGUAGCUUUCUACUCUUUACACAGUAGAUAAAAUACCAGUAGCAUGGAGUAAUCUUGAAUAUUCUUUAUGUUUGAUAAUACUUAAUAAUAUUUCUUUACUAUAUUCACAACAUAGAGAGUGUGUAUGUGUGCAUAUGCAUAAAGAUGUAUCACAUGAAACAUUUUCCAAUGCAAUCAUCAUUUACUUUUACUUCAAAUGCUACACAACAACUUGUAAACAAUAGAUAUAGGGAGCCUACUGAAUGGCACAAACUUAUAAUUCCAUGUAUAUUGAGUUUAGAAGAUAACUCAAGUACCAAAUAAAAAUUGUACAGCUGAUACUGACAGUACUAGAGAACCAUUGAACUUUCAUUGAAAAACUUAAACAGAAAAAUAAACAAUAAAAUCAUACAUCCACCAGAUAUACAAAUCAUUUACAACACUCUUGCCUAUUGUAAUAUCUGAACCAUAUAGGCAAUAAAUACUGGAAGGUUAAUUAAUAGCACAUUUUAAACAUAGUUUUGUUUAUCAAGAUAUGGAUCCUGUUAUGUUAGGAUAUGGCAAUGGAUAUAACAUGCAUGCACAUGAUAUUAUACAUAAGAAGGGGAAUUUCAUUUGUUGUUAGCUCCUAAAGGUCAUUUCCUUGCUAUGGGUAAGAAAUAGACCUGGCUACAAAAUAAAAAGGAUUCUGUGGCAGUUCCUAUAGUUUACAAUGGACAGGUUAAGAUUUCAAACAAGAAAUGUUGAACUAUUUGUGUAUCAUGGUGAUGAUGGCUGUUUCUUCGCAUCUGAAGAUCAGUGGGAAGGUUGUGUAUCAUAAACCCAAAUGAAAACGUGUGAAGCAAUAUGCUGUUUCAUAAUGGUUGAACAAUUUGGUAUUGUAAUGAAAUGUAAAACAACUAGGAAGACUUUUCUGAACUGUUGGUUUGAUUUAGAAAAUCAAAAUACAUUGUUAAUCACGAAGAAUUCAAUAUACUUCAACUCCUGUAAAUGAGCGUAUGCUGAGAGGUUUAUCAGAUCUUCAUAUCUUUUUAAUGGCAAAAAAAGAAAAAACCUGGUGAGUUCAUACUAAAUUGGGGUGACAUACAUGUAAAAAAUUAAUGAAACCUGGUGUUAUCAAAGCAAAGCAAUUUUUUUUGUGUAUGUCUCCAUGCGGAUGUGUGCAUAUUU